GAUCUGAAUGCCUGCCUGCUGUGCUAAUCAGCUUCAUGGUUGCAAAUCAGAGUCCCUGAGUGUGGGAGACACCGGAGUCACCGGGACCGGGCUGGAAAUGGGGGAUUACUGCCUGCACUGACCGGGGACUCGCAGAAAAAUUCUGCAAAACCCCUCAUUAUCCAGCGAGAAGAUGGAGAACGCAGCCGUCCACAGGGGAAGGCACCUGUGUUCUCCAUGCGUCCGGUUAUUAGUAUUAUGAGGGAUUAUGUGGGAAUCGGAUGCGGAGGAAAAGAGAGAACACAAAGACCGCUCUGAUGCCGAGCACCUCCGUCGAAUCUCCUGUCCCCGUCUCAGGUCUAAUCUCUCCGCCGGCUUGGGAAAGUUUCGAGCUCAGACUCUUCAGCGCCUGGUGGAGCGGCGGGGGAGUCUGUCCAGGAGACAUCUGGAAGAGUAGAAGUUGCCUGCCUGAAGGAAUCUGUGGAAUUGUGACAUAUUCCUCGGCGGCUCCUUAGAAGAUUCUAGGAUGUUGCCUGCGGUGAUUUUGGACUUCCCCACCUGACCGUUCUGGAAGGCUCUGCUGUGAAUCAUGAUGUGCCCGUGCCGCAAUAAGGCCAAGCUGCUGGUUGCCACUUUGUUCCUGCUGUCUAUCGUCACCUGGUUGUAUCUGUCUGUGGGCGACUCGGGAUAUGGACCUUCCCUGGGCGCCUCGGCUCCACAGCUUCCCCCCAGAGCACCCUCCAUGCAGGAGCUGGAGAUGAAACUCCAAGAAGCUGAGGAGGAGAACCGGAGGCUGCGGCUGCAGUUAGGAGAACUGCGGAGCGAGGAUCACGAAGGAGACAACAGUAGUCAAUGUUCACAGCGGAGUCUGACUGAGAAAUGUGAGCUCAUUCAUGUGGCCAUUGUUUGUGCUGGGCAUAACAGUAGCAGAGAUGUGGUGACUUUGGUGAAGUCCAUUCUGUUUCACAGGAGGAACCCCCUUCAUUUUCAUCUGAUCACAGAUUCUGUUGCCCAGCGCAUUUUAGGCAACCUAUUCAAUACCUGGAUGGUCCCAUCCCUGCAGAUCAGCUUCUACAACGCCAGUGAUCUCAAGCCUGAAGUUUCAUGGAUCCCAAACAAACAUUACUCUGGGAUUUACGGCCUGAUGAAGCUUACGCUGACUAAAGCACUGCCCUCCGACCUGUCAAAGGUCAUAGUCCUGGACACUGACAUAACCUUUGCUACAGACAUAGCGGAGCUUUGGGCAAUAUUCAGGAAAUUCACAGGUGAGCAAGUUCUGGGCCUGGUGGAGAAUCAGAGUGACUGGUACCUGGGGAACCUGUGGAAGAACCAUAAGCCUUGGCCAGCUUUAGGCCGUGGAUUCAAUACAGGGGUCAUCCUACUUCUUCUGGACAAACUGCGUCAGAUUGGCUGGGAGGAGACGUGGCGUCUGACCGCUGAGAGGGAACUGAUGAAUAUGUUGAGCACUUCACUUGCUGAUCAGGAUAUAUUCAAUGCGGUUAUAAAGAGCUCGCCGUCCCUGGUAUACGAGCUCCCCUGUUACUGGAACGUGCAGCUUUCUGAUCACACGCGCUCUGAGCAGUGCUACAGUGAACUGGCUGAUCUGAAGGUUAUUCACUGGAAUUCUCCUCAUAAACUCCGUGUCAAGAACAAACAUGUGGAACUGUUCCGCACUCUGUAUCUCACGUUUCUAGAAUAUGAUGGGAGCCUCCUGCGCAGAGAGCUGAUUGGCUGCCCGAGCGACAAAGAGCAUGAGGAGGCCUUGGAACAGCUGGAUGAGGAAGAUGUCUGCUAUGACUUCCGCAGAGAACGUCUUGCAUCUCACCGUGUUCACCUUUCCUUUCUCCCGCAAGAAACAUUACCGGAAGAUCCCACGGAUGUUACACUGGUGGCACAGCUAUCUAUGGACAGACUGCAGAUGCUGGAGUUGAUCUGCAGACACUGGGAAGGUCCAGUCAGCCUGGCACUGUACCUGUCGGACGCGGAAGCUCAGCAGUUCUUGCGUUAUGCUCAAGCCUCUGAGGUUUUGCAGUCUCGGACCAACAUUGGCUACCAUGUAGUCUACAAGGAAGGGCAGCUGUACCCAGUGAAUCUUCUACGCAAUGUGGCACUGAGGAACGCACAGACACCAUAUGUCUUCUUGUCCGACAUAGACUUCCUGCCCAUGUAUGGACUGUAUGAAAGCCUGAGGAAGUCCAUAAUACAGGAAGAUAUGGCCAACACUCAGAAAGCGCUAAUAGUUCCAGCCUUUGAAACGCUACGUUAUCGCCUGUCCUUCCCCAAAUCCAAAGCAGAGCUGCUCUCCAUGCUGGAUAUGGGGGCACUCUACACCUUCAGAUACCACGUGUGGGAGAAGGGACACGCUCCAACCAACUAUGCCAAGUGGAGAACAGCAACUACUUCAUACCGUGUUGAUUGGGCACCAAACUUUGAACCCUAUGUAGUUGUCCGACGAGACUGUCCUGAAUACGACCAGCGCUUCCUGGGCUUUGGCUGGAACAAAGUGUCUCAUAUUAUGGAGCUAGAUGCCAAGGGCUAUGAACUGGUGGUGCUUCCCAAUGCGUUCAUUAUUCACAUGCCUCAUGCCCCCAGCUUUGAUAUCUCUAAGUUCCGCUCUAGUGAAAACUAUCGCCAGUGCGUGCAGACGCUCAAAGAAGAAUUUCACCAGGACUUGUCCAGGAGAUACGGCUCUGCCGCUCUAAAGUACAUUGCAGCCGAGAGGAACCGGUGACCCAAAAUUGCCCUGGGAGGAUUUGACCAUGUACAGGACUUCCAACUUCCUCUGUCCUAGUCCUACAGUUGAGUGUAUUAAUUCACUCUGUGCCUGUGGCAAAUAUUAGGCUCCUCUGCCUUAUUGAAGAGGGUAACCUGCAUUUUCGUAGGGAUCAAUGUGCCUCUUUACAGACAAGCUGAAUCAGCAAAACUAUGACUUUUCUGCUUUUUUUUUUAUUUGUCCUUCUGAGGCAUCUUAAGACAAUCAGUACAAUUUUACCAUCUUUUGGAAGAUGCCAAAAUGUAGUCCUGAUCACUGGAUUCUUUGACCACUGCUCCUGCUCGGAUUUUUACAAUACUAUAUAUUUUAUUUAUUUAUGACUGAAAUCCACUAAGACGUAGUGCAGCCGGGACGGGUAUCCUGCCUGAUACUUGAUUACAUUCUUUUUUUUUUUAAGAAAAGAAAACACUAUGCCAAUAAAUUCUGUAUG